GUCGUCUCCAUUUCCGCCUCGCGAGGAAGAAGAGAGAGAGAGAGGGCAAAGGUCGUCGCCGCCGCCGCCGCCGCCUUCGCCGCCGUUUGGUCUCGUCGCCUUCCGGACCACCCGCACUAGCCCUUCUCCCUCCUCGCGCGCGCACGCGCCACACGGCCGACGACGACGAGCAGGUUUGGAGGGCCGACGCCGACGCGGCCGGCCUCCUUACGGGUCCCGUCGUCUCUGCGGCGGCUGCGCCGAUAUCCAUCUCACGAGCAGAGCAGGAGUAGGGAGCAGGAGCAGGGGAGGGGGGCGCCGUCGUCGGGCUGAGUCCCGAACUUUAGCACAAGUUGUACUAGAGAAGAUAUACAUCUCCUUGUGCUGUACUCUGUUUUGGUAUGGAGGAAGAUUCUGGUAGAUCAAUAUCAACAACUGGUUUUCUUAGAAGAGGCUCUAGUGUCUCCUUAAAAGAUCAAGGCAAUGAGGAGAGGCCAAACAAGACAAAACUCAACCCAAUGAAUGCCAGGUGGGCUGACAGUAAGGAGAAGCCAAGAUAUUUACGUGAGCCAUUUCGUUCAUCAGGCACUAAGGCUGCAUGUCCAAGCUCUUCAAAAGCUCCCGUCAGAAAAUAUUUCGAGGAAAAACAAGGACGGACAUUUUUAGGAGAGGCAGAUAAUGCAGAAAGUAGUAGCAGAAGAACUGAGGCCAACCGUCUGCAGUGUAGCAAGAAAGCUGUUGUUGAGGAGGAUGUGCAUCCAUAUGGUCAGCAGGAUGAGCCAGAAGAUUUGUUGUCCACAUCAACUACUGAAGAUCAGCCUGCAGAACUUGAUCCUGAACUAUUAGAUUCUUCUGUUUCUUCAGGGGUGUCUGCACAUGCAAUUGGUUCUGUAGUCAGAAAUGCUGCUUUGAGAUCUAAAUCACGUCAGCAGAAGGGUAAAGAAGAAUUGUGUCAGAUUAGACCUCAAACUGCUUCUGCUUUUGUUAAUCGGUCCACUAUACCUCGAAAUUCUACCAAUGGUGUGAAAUCAUCAAAUGCUGCUGGCCCUGGGGUACAGAGACGUACUCUAAAAAACCUUGGCUGCACAUCAAUAUCUGAUGUUUUGCCUUCUGGCUGUUCUUCAGCUAAUUCUAUUCAUAAUAAGAGGGCUGAGGUUAUGAGAAACAGGGCAUUUGACGGAGAGAGUUCUUCUAGACCAAGGGGCUUAAAUGGACACUCUAGUUUAGGCCAUUCACCUGCCAUGUAUUCUGGUAUCACUGGUCCUAGAGUCAGAACUGCUGAACAAUCAGCUUCUCAGCAAACACGGACUAGUAGCAGAAGUAUUCAGGAGUCUGCAGAUUCUUCAAGGAUUAGGCGACCUUCUACUCAGCAUGCCAGAGUAAGGGUGCCAAAUGAAAGGGAGGAUAGCGUGUUUGCUCUUCGUGAAACUCUUGCAAGGGAUCGCCAACCAGAAUGGGCUCAUUUCUCCUUGGGUGAAGCUGCCCCACGGAGAUCGAUGAGGCCUUUUUCUAUGGAAUUACCACAUGAGAUAUACUCAUCUAGUCGUCAAGGCUCAAGUAAUCAGACAGCAAGGAGCAGAUCAAGUUACCGCCCUGACGAAAGCCCUCCACAAAUGUUUCAUGGUUUGCUGGUGGAGAGAGAGAACUACAGGCGUAUAAACAUGGAAGGCAUCGCUGAGGUGUUGCUAGCAUUGGACAGGAUUGAACAAGAUGAUGAAUUGACUUAUGAGCAAUUGCUGGUGCUAGAAACUAACUUGUUUCUUAGCGGCCUUGGCCUGCAUGACCAGCACAGAGAUAUGAGAAUGGAUAUUGACAACAUGUCUUAUGAGGAACUAUUAGCACUAGAGGAGCGAAUCGGUUCUGUCAGCACUGCCCUAUCUGAUGAGCAGCUUGUGAAGUGUCUCAAGCGAAAUGUGUAUAAGUUACCAAAUUCAGAUCUUGAAGCGAACAGAGCUGUACUAGAUGACGCCAAGUGCAGCAUAUGUCAGGAGGAAUACAUUGAGGGCGAAGAAGUUGGUAGGAUGCAGUGUGAGCAUCAAUACCAUGUGUCCUGCAUUCAUGAAUGGCUUAGACAGAAGAACUGGUGUCCAAUAUGCAAAACUUCAGCAAUACCUUCAGAGAUGGACAAGGGGGGCACAUGAAUAUAGGUUGUUCAAGCUCGUAAAUAUUAUAAAUUUAUAAUGAAACAGUGUUAGACAUGCUAGACACUGACUCAAUUCACUCAAAUUUGUGAAUAUGAUAGAUUGCUUUCUUCUUGGAAACUCCUGUACAUUUUUGUUUCGGUAUCCGGUCCAAAUUACACAUCACCUGCCAUCAGAUAAUGAGACCAGAGGACCCUUGGGAAAAAUUCCUGCUUGAUUGGACUUAUGGUUACAAUAAUUAAAAUUCUGCUCGAUUGGAGUGUUAGUAAAAAUUCAUUCACUUUGGCCCCCAACCACAUAUUAGAUUUGCAAUUACUGAUUUGGUGUCCAGUGUUUCAGGUGCUUUGUAGCCUGGUUUGAGUUUGGAGUGUUCGUAAGGUGUUAUCUGUUGGGUUGGUACUCGGAUGUGUACUCUUCCUUGGGUAUCAAUGUAAUAAGGCAAAGCUUUUGCCUUUGUCUCAAAAAAAGGAUUUGCAAUUUCCUUGAUCUUAAUGAAAUUUGGUCAGCACCCUUUCGCCGACCCGGCAAAAAAA